AUGAAGCCCACCAGCAGCUCAGGUGCAAAGAAGGAGCUUUCCCCAGCAAGCCUUCCAAAUGGCCAAUCUGAUUAUGAUGAUAAGAAUCAACAGCCAAAGUUUUCUGAUAAUCGGAAAGCCAGCCUUGUUCCUGGCAAGCAACCUGCAAAAACUUUGACAAGACCAUCAAGUUUGAAGUUACUAAACACUUUAACACAGAAUCCAAGUUUCAAGUCCUCAAGAAAAUCCUCCAGUAUAGCUCUGCAUGCAGAUAUGAAAGCACAGAGAACAACCUGUCUUUCAACUUUGAAGAACUCUGUGUCUCCUAAGUGCCUCAUGCCUAAUCCUCAGGUUACUGAGUCAGAGAGAACUUCAGUUAAGGUUUGCCAAUAUACAUUUUGCUCUUUUAAUGGUCAUCAUUGUACUCCUUUGCCUCCGCUGAAGAGCUUCUUGUCGGAAAGGAGAAGAAUUUUCAAGGCCCUGAAGACCAUGAAGCAGGAAGAACCAAGGCUUCAAAGAUUGAAGGUGCCCUUUAAGACAAAAGUUUCUGAUAUUGAGCAGAUUGUUAUCAAUGACAAUUCUGCAUGUGAUGAUGCAGAAGUAGGUUUUAUUGAAAUCUAUGCUAAUGUAAAAGAUCAUGAAGCAAAACCAACAGCAACAGCUCAUGGACAUGAAACAAGAAAACUAGAAUCUUCUGAAGAGCUUCAGGCUCAAGAAGUUAUCAAGUUCAUGAUUAAGGAGAAUAGCUUGGCUGCAAGAGAGGAUUAUAUCAAGCAGGUUACAACAAAUAUGUCAGAUUUCGAGGAAUAA